GAUUGUGCACUUAAAUGUAAACAAAAAACGGCCUGAUAUGAUCACCGCCAGAAUCAAUGUGACCAUUUCAACGAACUAAAAAUAUUUGAAACUUGUCAUAUACUGGUGGCUGGGAUGGGGACAGUUGGGUCCCGUGAUAAGAAAUUAUAAUUGAUAAUCUUAAUCAAUAGGCUCACCUGAUAGUGAUAACAGAGUAUAUGACAAAAAUUUAUUUGGUACAUAAUGGAAAUAAUGUUAAUCCAACUCCCAUACAAUUCAUCUGGUCAUUUAAACAAAAUGUUUGUCUUAAUUAUUUUACUCACUCAGACAAUGCCAAUUGCAUAGCAGACUUGGAUGAAAUUUUAUCUAAAAUAAAUACUGAUUCUUUUAAUGACGAAACCAUAAGAAUAAUAUUUCAAGAUAAAAAUCCAUUUAAAUUUAAAAAUACACUUAAAAUAGAUACCCCAGAUUAUAGGAACUUAUCGAUGCCUGAGAAAAAUGCUUUUAUAUAUGUCUGUGGGUUUUUGAUGAAAAAAUGUUUUGAAAAACAUAGUUGCGAAGUUUGUAUUCAUUAUGCAAAAUCAUAAAAAAAAUUGGAUGACUCUUUACUUUGUUAUUUCAAAGCAUAUGAAAAUUCAGAAAAAUCAAUGUUUGGCAAUUUAAUGAUGCCACAACAUGAAUUUUAUGUUUUUAUAGAUGAGUUAGAAAACAUUUUUAUAAAUAGGUUUCCACAAUUAUCUAUUGAAAAUGAAGUAGGUAUUAAGUUAAAGUUAAGCAUGACUAAUGUUGUAUUUCGACAUCCGUGUCCACUAUUUAAUAAAGAGUAUUUAAUUAAUUAUUUUAUAAGAUUUAGGAUUCAUGCUGCUAUUAAAUUUUUAAAUAGGAAUUUAAUAUCAGAAAAACAAAAAAAAAAUAGAAAAUUGUGUAUAUUAAAUAAUUUAUAAAUAAAUUAGAA